AUGAUGAAGAGGAAAAAACAUGUGUUGUUCCGCAUCCCGCUUUUGUUCUUUGGCCUGGCGAUUGCUGCCGGCAGCCAGUCAGCGGCGUCUGACGGAUGCGUCAACCGCAGUAACUUGAGGUAUUCCUGUGAUGGCUUGCUGAUGACAGCUAAUAAGUCCACAAUGACCAUGCUAGUCGUCCUCUUCUUUGUCGGCACCUUUAUUCUGCAUAUGCUAAUGCGAGGCAUUUGGCAGAGCUCGAGAGAACUGCAAGGCACAACGGAAAACGUUGAGCGCCCAUAUAUGACAGUUCGGCCGUCGAUUUCGACGAUAUCCACUUCGAGCUUCAACGAGGUGAAGCAACGCGAUGACUUCUGCAAGAUGCACAGCGUGCCAAACAGCAUGUCUCGAUAG